AUGAGCGUGCAGAAUCUCAACACUUUCGACCCCUUUGCAGACGAGGGUGAUCCUCUCGGCGGUCAGCAAGACGUCGGAUCUCAACAGAACUACAUCCACGUCCGUAUUCAACAGAGGAAUGGACGCAAGACUCUGACAACCCUCCAAGGCUUGCCGAAGGAAUACGACCCCAAGAAGCUUCUGAAAGCGUUCAAGAAGGAAUUCGCCUGCAAUGGCACACUCGUCGAGGACGAGGAGAUGGGUCAGGUCAUCCAGCUUCAAGGAGACCAACGCGCAAAGAUCUCGACCUUCCUCACUGAGGAGGGCAUCCCGCGCGGCAGCAUCAAGGUGCACGGUUUCUGA